AUGCACCCCUUUUCCGUCCUCACCCUUGGGAUCUUCGUCGCUGGCUAUAUUACCGCCAGGUGGGACCUUGUCACUCGUCUCUACGAAUUGGCCAUUUUUGCCUGGGACCACGGUGUCGUUGUGGAGGAUGACAACAUGCUCAUGAGCGAUGAGCUGCUGCGGGUAUUUUGGCCAUAUGACCUCCCGCGAUCCUCAUCACCGGGUGUGAUUAUCGGCUGGCGCAAUUCGGAACUAGACCUAUUCGUCCUUACGGUCCUUGACGAUGUCGAGGCUCGCAACGUUGACAAUGCGCUUCGGGCGGGAAUCCUCUUUCGAAACAGCCCGCACCCUAUUGUUCGCAUCUUUGCCCUAUGUGGUCGCUCUCAGAUGCAUGUUCUCGGUUCGACAAAUUCGAGUCUGGACCUGACUUCGUUCAACCCUUCUCAUCUGAAUGUUACCACAAAUCUGCCCUCGAAGAGCCAAGUGCCACGAGUAUAUUGUCCUACUGAGGCGAAUCUAUCCGUCCAGGUCAUCAUGUACCAUCGGCCACAUCCGACGCGAAUGGAGUAUGUUUCACUGGAACCGAUCUCUCUUGCUUUGGGUGACAAAAUUACGACAUCGGAGACGGGUGCUCCAUUGACCAGUACCGCUGGGUCCGAAGAAGAGGAAAACAAGACUCAACAUAGAGUCCUAGUAGAGAAGCUGAAACUUCAUACUGUUGUCAAACACAUUCCUUCCCAAAAGGAACAGGCACUCCCCUUGAUCAUCAACCAGAUCAACUGUGCCUACGAGUUGAGUCAGCUAAUGAAGAAAAACAGUCAUUUAAUUGGUAUACGCGCGAAGCGAAGCAUGAGUGUCGGGGAGCGUGUGGUAGAAUCUGCUACGACUUUGUGGGGACUGUUCGUUGUCUGCAUUGCCCACAUGUUCUGGGAGUGGAUUUGGCCUGUUGUAACCCGGAUCUUUGUCAUUGGUCUAGUCGGACAUCGAUCUGUAGCGGAGAUUGUGCUGAGAAUUCUCGAGUGGCGGGCUAGACCGGACGCCGCUGCUAUCAAAGAUAUUUCAGCAACCGCCCAACAGGUUGAUAUUCGACUACAGCAGUUCUGCUACUGGCCCAUCCAGUAUGUCAAACUGCGACAAAGAAAGGAUAACUGGGAAAGUGUGACAACAAGCUAUCCAGAUUAUAUCCGGUUUUACAACAGUUUAUGGCUCGUGGCCAAUGAUGUGAUUAUCGGAAUUGCCCUGGGAUCAUAUAUAAUUGAUAACGCCAAUUGGGUGGCUUCUCAAAUCAACACCGUGUUGACCGGUUGGACAGUCGAAGGCUUGCAACGUACUAUUUCAUGGUUAAUGGACUGGCCUGCGGGCUUGAAACUCAACAACGAACUCGCCGCUUUUCUGGGCGAUCUAUUCCUAUGGGUCAUCGAGAACUGGGCAGCCUGCAUUGCCAACCUCCAACCUUACCUCCCACAUGUCAUCUACAUCAUCGGCUGUUCCAGCUUUGCAGGAGCUAGCCUGCCAAUCGCCCUCUUCUCCGACCUCCUUUCCAUCCUAACCGUUCAUAUCUACUCUUUCUACAUCGCUUCUGCCAGGAUAUUCAACUGGCAGCUCACUAUAAUAAUCUCACUCUUCCAUCUAUUUCGCGGGAAAAAGCGAAACGUCUUGCGCAACCGAAUAGAUUCGUGCGAUUAUGACCUCGACCAACUUCUCCUCGGCACUAUCCUUUUCACCGUACUCUUCUUCCUUCUACCGACGGUUGUAGUCUUCUACUUCACAUUUGCAUCGGCCCGCAUGUUGAUCAUCUCAAUGAAAGCCAGUCUGGACACCUGCCUCGCAUUCUUGAACCACUUCCCCCUGUUUGCAUUAAUGUUGCGUGUGAAAGACUCGAUGCGACUACCAGGCGGCAUUCGCUUCGAGAUCAGAAAGGAAUCAUACACACAACUCUUCAUCGAGUCGUCGACUGUUUCAUACAUUCAUAUGGAGUCUAUACCACUCCCCCUCCGCGCAAUGUUUGACCAAUACUUCCAACUCGGCCACCGACUCCGAAAGCACUACCUAGCUCCAAGCGUCAUCUUCUGCCUCGUAACCGGCCGCUUUGUACCUCCCAUCCACCGCCGCAACCUCUACGGUAUGCAAUAUAGCAUGUUGCCUGCUCACCGGGCUAACAUGGGCGAGGUUUGGACUUUGCUCACUCAACCUAAAAAGAGGAGUGGUGGUAGCAGUGGUUCAGCCUCGAUGAAGGGAAGUAUUGCUGCCCUUAGUCAUCCUGUGCCUAAAAUUCCGUCUCAUUUUGGACAGGGGGAUGUUAGGAGACGGGGGCAUCGGUAA